GUGCGAGCCGCGUUAAAGGCGGCUCCCAGCGGGGCUCCACAAUCCAGCCCCAACAGUGCGCAGGCGCGGAGGUUUCCUUGUCAGUCGGAUCCGCGUGUAGGCUACUUGCUCCGUAGCAGCGGCGGCUGUCUCCAGCAUUAUGAGCGGCUUCAGCUGUGAGGAGCGCGCCGCGCCCUACACUCGCGAGUACAGGGUCUUCUUCAAAAAUGAAAAAGGACAGUAUAUAUCUCCAUUUCAUGAUAUCCCAAUUUAUGCAGAUAAGGAUGUGUUCCACAUGGUGGUUGAAGUACCACGCUGGUCUAAUGCGAAAAUGGAGAUUUCUACAAAGGACCCUUUAAACCCAAUUAAACAAGAUGUGAAAAAAGAAAAACUCCGUUAUGUGGCAAACCUGUUCCCUUACAAAGGCUAUAUCUGGAACUACGGUGCCAUCCCUCAGACUUGGGAAGACCCGGGACACAAUGACAAACACACUGGCUGUUGUGGCGACAAUGACCCAAUCGAUGUCUGUGAAAUUGGAAGCAAGGUAUGCGCAAGAGGUGAAAUAAUCAAGGUGAAAGUGCUGGGCAUAUUGGCUAUGAUUGAUGAAGGGGAAACUGACUGGAAAGUGAUUGCCAUUAACGUGGAUGAUCCUGAUGCAGGCAAUUUUAAUGAUAUUAAUGAUGUCAAGCGGCUGAAACCUGGCUACCUAGAAGCUACUGUGGACUGGUUUAGAAGGUACAAGGUUCCCGAUGGAAAACCAGAGAACCAGUUUGCGUUCAAUGCAGAAUUUAAAGAUAAGGACUUUGCCAUUGAUAUUGUUAAAAGCACUCACGACUUUUGGAAAGCACUAGUGGCAAAGAAAGUCGAUGGAAAAGGCAUCAGUUGCGUGAACACCACAGUGUCUGAGAGCCCCUUCAAGCAUGACCCUGAUGCUGUCAAAACCUUUGUGAAUGCUUCACCACCGCCAUGUGACUCUGCCUGCGCAAUACCCACAGACGUGGAUAAGUGGUUCCAUCACCAGAAAAACUAAGGAAAUGUCCCGGAUACAAGCGGGUAUUGCUGCAUCCUAUUCACCUGGAAGUAUAGAUGCAAAAGUAGUGGCUUUUCAAAACUUUAAAUUUAUAGAACUAAUCUACCAAAGCAAACUCUUGUGACCAAUCCAAUAUAUUUAGUGUGUUAUCCAUAUAAAAGCAUUUUUCAUAUCACAACUAAGGUAACUUCUAGUACAUGCUUAAAUAUCAAAACGGUUAUUGGAAUUUGAAAGUCAUUUGUGAAUAAACGUGCAAGAUAUUGGAUGUAUAUGUUUACUGCGUGUUAGGAAAUAAAAUUAUUUUGCUGAAA